GAGCAUCAGAGAGGAGACUCAACCUCAUUCCAUGAGAGCAUUUUCCAAAAGGAUUUGCCUGUGGGAUAUAGAAUCCUAGAAUGUUGGAACUGAAAGAGACCAUAGCUCAUAGAAUGUUUGGGGUCAAAGGGACCUUAGAAACCAAUUGAGGUUCAUUCUGGCAAAUACUGGUUGAUCAUUUGCUAGGAAUGUUGUAGAGGAGAUUCAUACUUCAGCCUGAAGAGACACAGACCAGUAAAAGUGACAUUAAGGCAGUAGCCAUCGCCACAGCAGCAGCAAGAUGCCUGGACUACUCAACUCGAGCACCUGGGAACCACUUCCACUCACCUCCUCUGAGAUCACUUCCUGUGUCCAGGGUUAUGCCUUUGGGCUCAUGGCCUCUCUCACGUAUGACAAUGUGGAAGUCCAGCCUUUCCAAGGCCUCUUUGUGUACCCCCUGGAUGAGCACACUACAGUGGUUGGAUUUGAAGCCAUCAUCUCUGAGAGAGCCGUGACAGUACAGAUCAAGGACAAAGCCAAACUCAACAGUAACUACAUUGACAUGCACCGACCUCAUAAUGGUAUGGGCAAGAUCACUUUGGAUGAAGACCUGGAACGAAUCGUGUUUUUGGCCAAUCUGGGUACAAUUGGCCCCCUGGAAAGUGUGUCCAUCUUCAUCAGCACCUCUUCAGAACUUCAGACUCUGCCCAGUGGAGCUGUAAGAGUCCUGCUGCCAGCUGUGUGUGUCCCACCUGUCCCUCACACAAAUAAUAGCAUCUCUGCUCGACCUUCCCGAGGAAGCAAACAUAUUUGUGUGCCCAAGAACUUUGAGCAAACCAGCAAGCCCCUGUGUAUAACCCAGCUAUUAGAAAAUGAAGUCAUCAACCCCAUGGAGUAUGAAUUUAACUUCCAACUAGAGAUCCGAGGACCUUGCCUCCUCGCAGGAGUCGAAAGUCCCACCCAUGAAAUCCGAGCAGAUGCCUCCCCAUCCGCCCACUCUGCCAAGAGCAUCAUCGUCACGCUGGCCAACAAGCAUACUUUUGACAGGCCUGUGGAGAUUCUUAUUCACCCCACUGAGCCUCACAUACCACACAUCCUGAUGGAGCAGGGGGACAUGACCCAUGGACAGUUUGAGCAGCACUUGAAGGCGAGAAGUGACUUCACCAAAGGGACUAAGAAAAUGAUCAACACUCAGAAAAAGAUGGAAAUAAUCAGGAAACGUCUCCACAAGGAUAUCCCUCACCACUCAGUAGUCAUGCUCAACUUCUGUCCUGACCUCCAGCUAUCCCGAGCAACCCUCCGGAAGACCCAUGGAGAGUUCAUUUUUCUCAUUGAUCGAAGUGGAAGUAUGAGUGGAAUCAACAUCAACCGAGUCAAGGAAGCUUUGAUACUCAUGCUCAAGAGUCUCAUGCCAACAUGUCUGUUCAACAUCAUUGGAUUUGGCUCCUCCUUUAAGACCCUAUUCCCUUCCAGUCAGAUCUACAAUGAGGAGAAUUUGGCUACCGCAUGUGAAAACAUCCAGCAUAUUCGGGCUGACAUGGGUGGCACCAACAUCCUGUCCCCACUCAAGUGGAUCGCCCGGCAGCCCACUCAUGCUGGCCAUCCACGCCUACUAUUCCUUCUCACUGAUGGCUCAGUCAACAACACAGGGAAAGUGCUGGAACUGGUACGAAUCCAUGCUUUCACCACCAGGUGCUAUAGCUUUGGGAUUGGUCCAAAAGCCUGUCCAAGACUGGUUCAGGGACUGGCAGCUGUGUCUAAAGGCAGUGCAGAGUUCCUGAUGCAAGGAGAAAGACUCCAGCCCAAGAUGAUCAAAUCUCUGAAGAAGGCCAUGGCCCCUGUUGUCAGCGAUGUCACCGUGGAGUGGAAUUUUCCAGAGAACAUUGAAGUCUUAAUAUCACCUGUCAGUGCCAGCUCCCUCUUCCCUGGAGAUCGGUUGAUGGGCUACGGCAUCGUGUGUAACUCCCUUUACCACCCCAGCUCCAGAUCUCAUUAUAGUGCACUACGCUCCCAGAGUUCUGUGUUCUACCAUUCCCAGGACAAGGGAUCUGCUCCAGAGAGUGGGGACUGCACCCAAGAAGCCCUGGAAAUCAGUGCCUCUGAGAAGGGCCAGGAUAUACCAGCAUUCACCAAAGAUGCCAACCUGAUCCGAGAUCGCUCAAUGCACCAUCGGGCGUACAGCACCAGUCAGAUUCCUGAACUCAAAUCAUGCCUCAGGAUGCCCACCACCAGUGAUUCCGCCAUCGUGUCAGGAAAGCACCUGCUGCGGAAAACCCAAGGGCAGGACCUGAUAGACUACUUCGUCACGGAACCCUGCGUGUGGCAAGCUGAGUCCCAGCACUCGAGAUGUACCACCCCAGAACUCCAGCCACUCAAGAUCACGGGGAGUGCUCAGAAGUCCUUGCCACGAUCGGGCUGCCUGAACUUAUCCCGCUGCUCUGAGGGCCAGUCCCGGGGCCCAGUGAAAGACCAGGACCAAUGGGACUCAGCCCUCUCCUUGAGAUCCUCCUCCUCUGACAGCCACAGCUUCAGCCUUGGGGAUCAGGCGGCUCUCUUCGAGUCCGAAACAGAGCCAGAGCAAGAAUCCCCCUCCAAGGAGGAUGCAUCAUCUCAGGCCAUGCAGAAGAUGCGUCACAGCUGCUUCCCAACGCCCCGACUUCUCUGCAAGGCUGUGGUCAAAGGCAUAAGGAAUAGCAAGCCGGUGCAGUGGGAGGUUGCCUUUGAUCUGAGAGACCUGGAGAAGGACCUGCUGAUUCAUGAUAACCCCGACAGCGAACGUGACACUGACCUUUGGAAAAGGACCUUCCACCAUUUGGCAGCCAGGUCUAUCAUCAGAGACUUUGAGCAGUUGGCUGAGAUGGAGAAUGAUAUUGAACCAGGCUCUGCCCAUCGAUUCCAAGCCAAUGCUGUGCACACCAGCAGAGCCUGCAACGUCAUCAGCAAGUACACAGCCUUUGUGCCCAUGGACCUCAGGAGCCGAAUCUAUCUGCCCACCCUGGUGGAAUACACCAACACAGGCAGUUCAUCCAAAUCAAGCAGCUCGAAGAGCAUAGUCAUGGGGAGCCAGAAACAGAAGGGGUUAGCCAUGAAUCUCAAGCAAGCACAGCUCAUCUUCAGGCAAGACGUAGUGGUGGAUGGUGGACUCUACAGCCUAAGAGAGCUAGAGAAAAAGAAAGAGAGAGGAGAAGGAGAAGGGAGAGGGAGAGAAAGGGAGAAAGAGAUUGGCUUCUGGAGCAGAGAUCCCAGCAGAGGGGAGGUCAAUUCUGGAUCGGCCAUCAAGAUACAAGAUCUGGAAGAAAACAAUGUGUCUGACAGCCCACCUUCCAACGUCAGAACCGAAAGAACCAGCAUUCGGGACCGUUCCCUGUACAAAUCAUUGUUCAAUCCUGGCUCCAGCCUUAGGGCCUCAGAGACCCUCUUGGGGACCAGGCUGAACCUGAACAAGAGCAAAUUAUUGAGUCGAGCCACCAAGGGGUUGGUGUUCAAAGCCCCAGCGCCAUCCUCCCAGUGCCAGGAGCUUCCCCUUGAGACCGAGAGCUUGGAUUAUUUACCUCUGGUCUUUCUGCAGCUGGCCUCUGGGGCCUUCCUACUCAACCAGGCCUUCUGCAGGGCCACGGGCAUCCCCAUGGAGAAGCUCAAGUGGACCUCGCCAUUCACCUGCCACCGUGUGAUGUUGACGUCCUGCUCCCACAAUUCCUCCCGCAACCAAGACUUUCUGUCGGUGGAGCCCAGGAGUCCAGGCCUUAAAAAGUCCAACAGGGCUUUCCAUUCCUCGGCUCAUGGCCAGCUCUCCCCCAAGAGCUCAGAGACCCUCUGUCGCGUCCCCUGCCCCGAGACCCUGCCCUCCCCCCCGGAAGACUCUCCCCAUGACGACGGCUUCCACAGGGCCGACAGCAAGCAGGCGCUGGAGUCUCACGGGCCUGAACAAGCUGGCAAGGUGUGGGCCACCGCCGUGGCCUUGGGGUGGCUGGAAAACAGCUCUGCUUCCUACUUUGUGGAGUGGGAACUGGUGGCAGCCAAAGCCAGCUCCUGGCUAGGAGAGCAGAAGGUCCCUGAGGGCCGCUCCCUGGCCUCCAUCAAGACUGCGGCUCAACAGCUCUUUGUCCUCCUUCGGCACUGGGACGAGAACCUUGAGUUCAACCUGCUUUGCUACAACCCCAAUAGUGUGUAGGGUUUUUUGCCGGGUGGGGAAUUUGGGUUGGGGAGAGCAAAGGAGCAGUGAGGUCUGGGGAAAAACCCAGGCUACGGCCAAUAUAUUUGGAAAAAAUCAUUAAGAGGUCUGAACUGGGGGUCAGGAGGCCUAGGCCCUAGUCCUGGCUCAGCCACUAACUGACUGUGUGACCUUAGCCAAGUCCCCUUCUCUCUCAGGGUCUCAGUCUCCUCUAUAAAACAGAAGAGAUGGGACUCUCUGAGGUCUGGUCCCUUAAAGCUUUAAGGUCUCUGAGAUCUGGAACCUUGAGGGUCAGAUAUUCUAGUUAGCGACUCUUACCCCUCCAAUUCCCACUGCUGCUGUCCUGAAAGAGGGGACCCGUGGCUCCCUUCUCCCAUCCCCGAGGAUAAAAGGAUCCUCAUUUCCCAGCUCCCAUCCCCAUAUCCUAACUCUAUCACUUAACCUCCAGCCUCCAACCCCAGGACCUUAGGGAUCCGCCCCAGCAUCUCUGGAGGGCAGGACCUGGAACCAUGUUGCUCUGCUUUGGGAUCAUUCCCUAUAUGAGCAGUGGAGGAUGGCAGGGUCUGCCAGACACCAAGGGAAUUAUGGGAUAGCUCAGCCUUCAUUAGAGUCUUUGCAGAGGUGUACAGGUAAGGAAGACACCUGGGCCAUUAAUGAUGCUAAGAGAAAAUGUCAGCCCCUCCCAGAGGUGCUAACCUGCUGCUCCCAGAUUCCCAUCAGCACCUGGUACCUCAGUGGCUCCCAGCCAUUGGCCUCUAAAGAGAGAUCUUAGUGCAAAAGUGGCUUCUUCUGACCAGCUGUGCUCCUCACCCCCAGAGCUGAGCCUCCCUAAGCUUCCCUGAGCUAGAUCAGCUCCCUCAUCUGAUAAAUCAGUCACCUUCUCUGGUUUACAGCUUCCUCACCAAUAAUGAGCAUCAGACCAAGUGAUCUCUAAGGUCCCCCUGUUCUGUGUUUCCCCAUUCUGUCCUCUUAAGCUUCCUUGCCAGAGAAAUGAGUUGAGUUCUGCUUAUCUCUUAAUAUUUCCUGGUCUAAGGUCUUUCAAUUCUUAACAUUCCAUAUUCUAAGUUUCCUUCUAACUCUGGCAUUCCAUGUUCUGACAUUUUGUGUUCUAAGG